UUUUCAUAAAAUCGUACUAUUUAGUAUUACUAAGUUUCACGGAUUUACUGUGGUCACUCUAGUGCAAGCACUCUAAUCUAUCCAAAUUUAAAUUAGGGAUAUUUUGGACAAAAGAAACAACAAAAAAACAAAACAAAAAAAGAGGUAAAAAAUGCAUCACAAACCAGGCUUCCAGCAAGCUAAAAGGGGAGCUGUAGCACCAUCGGCCCCCACUACAUCCACCCAUGUGAGCAUAUGUAAGGGUGGGGUGAGGGGGGAGAAUCUUUCUCACAUGCCAAGUUGCAAGCAACACUAAACUGUGCUCCACACCAGAGGUACCCCUUCCUUGAAAUAAGCAUUUCAGAGUUUUUUAAAUGCCACAGUAAAUUGCAAUAGUUUUUUUUAACUUGACUUUUUGUUUUGUAAAUUGAAAGAGGACAUUUUUCUUUUUUUUCUGAUAAAUUGGUGGUCACUACUGAGAGGGGUGGGGGCAGGUAACAACCGAGGUAGUCCUAGUCUCCCUCUUCCUUCAAUCAAAACAACCGAUUAUUUCUUAGUAGCAUCUAGACGAGCGGGAAACGAUAGUGUCAAUCAUGGCUCAACAAGGUUAUGGCUAUCCUCCUCCAGUAGAAUACAAUAACCAGGCACAUCAACAAGGCUACGGAGGUCAACAACCUGGCUACCCUCCUCCCGCUGGUCAAUACCCUCCAACUCAACCAGGAUAUGCAGCCGCUACACAACCCGGUUAUGCACCAGUCGCACAACAACCUGGUUAUACGACCGCCCCUCAAGGACAGAUAACAUGGAUGCCAGCACCACAAGUACCGGCAAACUGCCCACCAGGACUAGAAUAUUUGACCCAAAUCGACCAACUUCUAAUUCACCAACAAGUGGAACUCCUAGAAGCUUUUACUGGUUUCGAGACAAAUAACAAGUACGAAGUAAAAAAUAAUAUGGGACAGCAAAUAUAUUUUGCCGCAGAAGAUACUGACUGUUGCACUCGGCAGUGCUGUGGACCAGGACGUCCAUUUGAUAUGAAAAUCCUGGACAAUUACCAGCGAGAGGUGAUUCAUUUGACCCGACCACUACGCUGCUCUUCUUGCUGGUUUCCUUGUUGUUUACAAGAAAUUGAGGUUCAGUCCCCUCCAGGGACCAUUGUGGGAUACUGUGCUCAGCUUUGGUCAAUUUGUAUCCCAAAGUUUGCCAUCCAGAAUGCAAAUCGUGAGACAGUUUUACUGAUUGAAGGACCUCUGUGUCAAUGUAAUCUUUGUGGUGAUGUUGAAUUUCAGGUCUUGUCUGCUGAUGGUCAAAAUCAAGUAGGUAAAGUCUCCAAACAAUGGUCUGGCCUUGCAAAAGAGAUGUUUACUGAUGCUGAUAACUUUGGAAUAACAUUUCCUAUGGAUCUUGAUGUGAAGAUAAAAGCAGUUAUACUUGGUGCUAGUUUCCUCAUUGAUUUUAUGUUCUUUGAGGAAGCACAGAAGCAUGAUGACUAAUAUUGCUAAUGCUUGCAUCUCAAAACCUUUUAGAUAUCUAUAUUAACCAAGAUGUGAUUUUUUUUUUAAAUAUUUAAAUUGUACAUAUUAUGAUUCAAUAGUAUUAGAUUGAUUUUGCUUGCCUGUCAAUCAAAGUUAUAUAUUUCGUUUACAGGAAAUGUAAAAUCAUUUUAUUGCAAAUCAAGUAACAUUAAAUUUAUCAUUUCGCCCCAUGUAAGAGAAUCCGGACUUAUGGUGGAUUCCGGAUUUCAAGCGCUGGAUUCCGGAUUCCGAGACUCUGGAUUACGGAUUCCAAGGGUCUGGAUUCCGGAUUCCAAAACUUUUGUAUUGCGGAUUCCGGAUUUCAUAUCGUUAAUUUUCAGAUACUUUCUCUGAAAAUUAUAUUUGAUAUACCUGCCAGUAUAAGUAGAAUCGUCUAUCAGAUAUUCUUGGUGGAGAUAUUACACAGUGGGGGAGGGGCUACAUCGGUUCAGUCUAUGUCGAGGCGAUAGCAUUUGAGUGUAUACUUUGAAUUUCAAAGUAGCAGAUUGCGGAUUCCAAAAGGGUGGAUUCCGGAUUCCAUUAUAAACUGGAUUCAGGAUUCCAAGGCCUGGAUUCCGGAUUCCAGAGUGCUGGAUUCCGGAUUCCAAAGCCUAAAAUUUCUUGGAUUCCGGAUUCCCUUACAUGGGGCGAAUCAUUCUUUAUCGUAAUCAAAAUUGAUUCCAUUUUACUGGUAUUUAAAUGAAAUUAUGAUCAAUAAUAAUAUACAUAGAACAUAUAUUUGCCUUUAAUUUGCAAGGACUCACUGCAUGCCAUUGUGGUUAAGCUAAAGGAAUAAAGCGUAUACGAGCGCUUGUAACUGAUACAUAUGCUUUGAGAUUAUCUUCUGCAAAAUUGAAAUAAAAAAGAAUAAUGCAAA